CGUGAAAGGCGGGAUGCCAAAUUACAGCCAGCAUUCCAACGUGCUUAUAAAACCUGCUCUCCCACGGUGACAUGCACCCCCUGCAUCGACUUACAGCACCUCGCAGAAGUGAGACUCAAAAAUCGACGAAGAGUCCCCGGUACGAGUAACGUCGACACACACCCAUCGAUCUCGCAUGGACCCUCCCUCUCCCUCCACACCAGGAAUGUUGCUCCGUCCUCCAGUCUUCCGUGGCAUGAAGGUCCUGGAUCGGAGUGUCUUCAGAAAAGCCGUCGAUCUCGCCGCAUUGAAGGUCGACCCCAAGAACUUGGGGUUGAUACGGAAGGAGUGCGCACAGGAUUUACUGAGAGUACCGAGGAUUGCUCCGAUCGUGAAGCACGAUAAUGGGAAAGUCAUUCUACUCAAGCUCGGUGUCACACCCGAGGAUCUCUCGCCACUACAACAAAAGACGAAAGAGUUGAUCGCAAAGAACAACGCGGAAAUCAUCCCCUACAAGUUCGAGGUCGAUUACUCUUUCUGGACGGUAGACGAUAUCCUCUCUUCCAUCCUCCCCGAAUCACUCCUCGGCGAGACCCCUGGAGGCUACACAGCCGUCGGCCACAUCGCCCACCUCAACCUCCGCGAACAAUACCUCCCCUACAAAUACCUCAUCGGACAAGUCAUCCUCGACAAGAAUCCUACCCUGAGAACUGUGGUUAAUAAACUCGACGCGAUUGAUACCGUGUAUAGGAAUUUCAAGAUGGAGGUGUUGGCGGGGGAUGAUGAUUUUUGGGUUGAGCAGAGUGAGUCGGGCUGUCGAUUCCAAUUUGAUUUCUCGAAGGUGUAUUGGAAUACGAGGCUCCAUACCGAGCAUGACCGGCUUAUCUCGCUCUUUCAGCGGGGAGAGGCGGUGUGCGACGUCAUGGCCGGCGUCGGACCCUUCGCCGUCCCAGCCGGGAAGAACGGCGUAAUCGUCCUCGCGAACGAUCUGAACCCCGAUUCAUACAAAGCAAUGGUCAACAACAUCUCCCUCAACAAAAUCGCCUACACGAAAGCAUACAACAUGGACGGCCGAGCCUUCAUCCACCACGCCGCCGCCGAACUCGAGGAACUCGCGCAAGGCCCACCAAUAGAAAACCCGUUCAAGAAACGCUCGCGUACGAAACCGCGGCAACCAGUCGAAGUCGUAUCCAUCCCGCCCACAUUCCAGCAUUACGUCAUGAACCUCCCCGCCUCCGCCCUCGAAUUCCUCGAUGCGUUCAAGGGCGUAUACCACACCCGCCGCCACCUCUUCAAACCUCACACCACCGCCGAAUUACCGAUGAUUCAUGUCUACUGCUUCACGAAGGAGGAUCCACCUACGCAGGAUUUGUUGGGGAGGAUUAAGGAGGCGCUGGGGUGGGAGAUGAAGGAGGAGGAGGUGAGGAUGCAUUAUGUGAGGAAGGUUGCGCCGAUGAAGGAUAUGUAUUGUUGUUCGUUUAGGUUGCCUGCGGAGGUUGCGUUUGCGGCGAAGGAUGCGCAGUAUGUGGAUAUCGUUCCUCCGACGACUACGACGACUACGACGACUACGACGGAGCAGAGAACAGGCCUACGGGCGGAGAGUGCCAAGCGACCGAUAGUCUAGAAGAGCAAUGGAAGAAGUCUUUUCCUUCCACCCGAUCGACGGUGUUGGAGAGGCGACGGGUAGCCCCUGACUAGCGGACCCCGCGCGAGCCCCACAAGGACCCACGUAAGCUGUGAGCUGUGAACCGCCAACCACCAGGUCAGUUGCGUACAUGAUGAGACCUUCUGUGUUGCGUACAAUUGCCCGUCCGGCAUUUCCAAGGACUGUUUUGCGGAGCAAUGCCUCUCUCAGGCUCUUCUCCCGUUCCACCCCCGCUUUCAACGCAUACACCCCCGGCCCAGCCCUCAUGUUGUCAGAAGAUGAAGAAAUGAUGCGUGACGCCGUCGAGAAAUUCGC